AGCCAUUUCGGCUCAAGGCCGGUCGCGGCCCAUCAUGCUUUACAGAUCCAAUACUUUACCCCGGUCCUCGUUCGGGCUUCAUUCUUGGGGUCAGAAUGGACGAUCUCAUAUCCUCGCUUGCCAACAUCGUCCAGGUGUCGGACAUCGGCUUCGAGAGCCGUACCAACUCUGUCAGUCAGGCCUUCGAGCGCAAUCUGGCAGAGGCUUCGUACAGGAUCCAGCGUCAGCAGUUGCAUCGCGAGGACAUUAGGGACCUCAUGGAGCUCACUGUCGGGCGCAUGGACCUGUACCACGUCGUAGGCACCCUGCUUCUCACCUUCUGCAUCUCCUGGUACACGGAGAACGGCAUAGUUUCCAGCCCGCUGCCCAAGUGGUUCGCAACGCUCUUCCUCAUCAGCAACUUCUGCGCGGUCGGCUACCUCAUCUUCUCCGUGUGGCUCGCGAUGCACGCCUCCAUCAUCGCCCACUCCGUGGGCGUCCGGCUGCUCACCAGCUUCGCGCGCUUGUCUAUACCCUCGAAGGCGGAGCUGGACAGCAUGCGGACGUCGAUCUACCCCUUCCUCCAGACCUUCCUGGACCUGGGGGCGAGGCUGCUCUCCUCGGCCCCCGCGGGCGCCGCGGGAGGCGACGCGCCGGCCAGGAGACCCCGAGCAGGAAGCAGUCCGAGGCGUGGAGGAGCCGCAGGGGCAGCUCCUUCGACGCCGCCGACCAGAAGAGCUCCGCGGCGGUCGGAGAGGCCAGGACGACCCGCGUCGCGACCGCCGCGCCCACUCCUCCUCCCUCCUCCCUCCUCCCUCCCUCCCUCCCCCUCCUCUUUCCUCCUCCCCCUCCUCCUCCUCUUCCUCCUCCUCCUCCUCUUCUUCCUCUCCUCCUCC